GCUCCCGCUAUGGCUGCGCUGCGGAGGCUCCUGUGGCCGCCGCCUCGGCUCCCGCCUCCGCCUUCCCCUCUCCACCCCUUCCCGGGGCCGUGGGGGCGGCCUGCAGGGCUAGCCCCGGGCCCUCCUGGCCGGCCCUUCUCCUGCAGGGAGGAGGAGGAGGGGGCCGUGGCUGAGGCAGCCUGGAGGCGGCGGCGGCGCUGGGGGGAGCUGAGCAUCGCCGCGGCGGCCGGCGGGGGGCUGGUCGGCCUCGUGUGCUACCAGCUGUAUGGGGACCCCAGGGCCGACUCCACGCGGGGGCCGUCCCCCGGGCGCCCCUCCGAGGGCGCGGCCGCCGAGCCGGAGGACCCGCCGCGCGGCCGGGGGCUGCUUCCCAUCCCGGUCGCGGCUGCCAAGGAGACGGCUGCUGUCAGCAGAGCGGACGGUGAAGACUUAGACCUUUGUGCUACGUCUCGGGAGAAGCGAUUCCGUUUGUUUGCUUCCAUAGAAUGUGAAGGGCAGUUAUUCAUGACUCCAUAUGAUUUUAUUUUGGCUGUUACAACUGAUGAGCCCAAAUUUGCUAAAACAUGGAAGUCACUUUCCAAACAGGAGUUAAAUCAAAUGCUCUCAGAAACACCACCAGUUUGGAAAGGAUCAUCAAAGCUAUUUCGCAGUCUUAAAGAAAGAGGUGUGAUUUCUUACACAGAAUAUCUUUUUCUUUUAUGUAUUUUAACAAAGCCACACGCAGGUUUUAGAAUAGCUUUCAACAUGUUUGACACCGAUGGCAAUGAGAUGGUGGAUAAAAAGGAGUUUUUGGUGCUUCAAGAGAUAUUCAGGAAAAAAAAUGAAAAGAGAGAAACUAAAGGAGAUGAAGAAAAGCGUGCAAUGCUGCGUGUUCAACUUUAUGGAUACCAUUCUCCUACUAAUAGUGUACUUAAAACAGAUGCUGAGGAACUUGUCUCCAGAAGCUAUUGGGAUACACUGAGGCGUAACACAAGCCAAGCACUCUUUUCAGACCUCGCAGAGCGUGCUGAUGACAUUACAAGUUUAGUAACAGACACUACACUUCUUGUACACUUUUUUGGAAAGAAAGGAAAAGCUGAGCUCAACUUUGAAGAUUUUUAUAGAUUCAUGGAUAACCUGCAAACAGAAGUUCUUGAAAUAGAAUUCCUUUCCUACUCUAAUGGGAUGAAUACAAUCAGUGAAGAAGAUUUUGCUCAUAUUCUUUUACGAUAUACAAAUGUGGAAAACACGUCAGUAUUCUUGGAAAAUGUGCGUUACAGUAUACCUGAAGAAAAGGGCAUCACAUUUGAUGAAUUCAGGUCUUUUUUCCAGUUUUUGAACAACCUAGAAGACUUUGCAAUUGCCUUGAACAUGUAUAACUUUGCAAGUCGUUCUAUAGGGCAAGAUGAAUUUAAGCGUGCCGUCUAUGUAGCUACUGGCCUCAAACUUUCACCACAUUUAGUGAACACAGUCUUCAAGAUUUUUGACGUUGACAAAGAUGAUCAAUUAAGUUAUAAAGAAUUUAUUGGAAUUAUGAAAGACAGACUCCAUAGAGGAUUCCGGGGUUAUAAUAAAACUGUUCAGAAGUAUCCCACUUUCAAAUCCUGUCUGAAGAAGGAACUUCAUAGCAGAUAAGUACUUCUAAAGCAAAGUUUAAAGCAUUAUUAUCUACAUGACAAGUGCAACAAGCAAAACUUUCAGAGAGCGGAAGGAGGUCUGGGAUCAGAAUGGGUAGAAUUGAAGGAGAAGGUGAAACGCUGACUAUAAUUUUUUCUUGAACAUAAGAGAUAAAAUGGAUCUUCACUAACUACAAAUGUUGUAUGUUAUCAACUUGAGCUUUUGCCUUGAUUUACUGAACUCUCUGCACUUUUUCAUUCCCUUCAGAAGUAUAUAGAUACUUCCAAUGACUAUGUCAGAAUGUAUUUUAAAUAUUUUUUAAUUUAUUAGAAAUUUGCCUCAUUUCAAAAUAAUGUAUGACUUCUGGAAUCUAGAUCACUUAAAAAUGAACAACAACAUAUUUCCUUUGGUUUUAGACUGUGAACUUAUUUUCAGAAAAUGACUAUUCCUUGAGAUUUAUCUCAGGGCUCUUAAAAUUGUUAAUAAAUCCUCAUUACUUGCCAGGUUUUUAGUUACAUGGAAAUAAUUUUGAAAAACAAAUAGAAAUUAAACUACUAUAAAAGAUGAUGGUUUACAUUGUACUUUUAACUUUUAAAAGUACUUAACAUAUAUUGUUUGAAUCAUGUAAAAAAUUUUUUAAGUUUUUGUUUAUUUACCAAAGGUAACAGAAUGUCUGUUAUUCUUUUGUGUAAAGAAAUUUAAAACGUAGAUUUUUUUCCUCAAAAUAAGUCAUAUACUGAUGGUAGAAACACUGGUAGUUGUUGUAGCAGUAGUCACUGUCAUUGUCAUUAUCAUCUUAAACAUGAUGCUGCUCCUGAUUGCACAUGGUGUAUGUUAAUAACACUACUAAAAAUAAUAUCUUACAGCUUGGUAACUUAUUGCAUAUUCUUAGUAUAUGUCUGUAGUGUCAAAAUGAGUACUAUAAAAGACUAGUAUAAAAUGGUUUAGAAGACUGAUGUAUAUAUUAGGUAAAAGUUAUUAUUUUGUUUCUUGUAAAAGGACCACAUGCAAAAGUGAUGCCACACAACCAGUAAUAAUGAAUAAUUUAAAUAUAAUUCCUUAUUUCAAAAUAAUAAAUCAUAAAAAAGAAAGGGAAAACUUUCUAUUGAAAAACAAAAUUGGGUUUUCACAUGGAGAAAAUAAUUCAAUAGUACUUAAUGGAAAUCUGUUCAAUUAAAAAGUAUAGGUUAUGAAAGGGUACUAUACAAAAAUAGAACAAGGAGUUUAAUAUAUUUAUAUACUGUAUGUGGAAGAUAAGUUCAUUUUUCUUCUUUUCUAAGAUGUAUUUAAUGUAAAUUGCACACACUCCAACUAUUACCUUGCUUUUGCACAUGAAAAUAGGAAACACUGACUUGUUUUUAUGUUACUAAAUGUGAAAUUGGUCGUUCUCCAUCAGUCUAUUUAUAAAAGUAAUGUUAUUUCCAAGAAAAUGUUAUUAUUAACAUUGACUAUGUAUUUGUUAGACUUUUUACAUUCUUUAUCUGAUAGUAUUUAUUACAUUGUUAUAGAAAUAUAUGAUGCAUAAAUUUGAAGAUUCCAUAGAGUAUAAUAAUUUAAUUUCACCUGCUUGAAGGUUGCUUCAAUUGACUGACUAAAUGAAAAUGCCUACCCACUCAUUAACAUGCCCCAGGACUAUUUUAAAACCAUUGAAAAGAUCCAGUUUACUUUUAUCUUUGACUGUAAGUUAUAUUAUCUUGCAUACAUGGAAAAACUGCUAUUUAGAACAGUCCUAUAAAUAUAGAUUAAAAACUGAAUUAGCUCAUUAAAAUUCUUUAUAAUUCUGCCAUUUCCCCAAGGAAUCCUACAUAUGCAAUCUUUAUUCUUUAUUGCUUAUCAGAGUGAAUGGAUAUUCAUUUGUUUGUAAGACUGCAGCAUAAUAUUAAAAUGUGAAUAAAUGAAAUAUUCUAAUCAAUUAAAAUGGAAAAGAGUAGUAAAUUACAGUAAUUCCCUAUAUUAUCACUCUUGAACUUCAUCAUCUGUAAAAUGGAGGUAAAAUAUCUCACUGGAUUGUUGUUUACAUCAAUUAAAAAAAUUUAAAUGCUUUGAAAAUAGUAAUAUACUAAAUACAUGUAUGCUCUUAUUCUCAGCAUUUCCGUCUGCCAAUUAUUCUUUGGAAAGAUGAAGCUAUACGUAAAAUUUUACUAUCAUACUCUUUACAGAAAGUCUCCCUGAUAAAAGGUUUAUGGUUCUCUCAGAAUCAUUUCAUAUUAAGGAAUUCAUUUAACUUAAAGUUCCAGUUUAUUGUUCUUAUUAUAAAAUAUAAUUGUAAAGCAGACUAUGUUACAUUCUUAUAUUAUCUUAAAAUAAAUAUACCUGCUCUUGAAUCAAGAAACUUAGUACUUUGUUUUUAUGUAAAUCUGUGAACUAAUGUCCUUCCAAAAAGUAUCACCUCCAAACUUUGGCUGAUCUUUUUUGGUUACCAAACUUCUGUUGAUCUUAUACCCUCUGCUUUAGCAAUGCAUGCUAAUGACAUCAGUCUCAUCAACACUGUUAAUCUCAUCAACACUAGAUAAAUCAUGGAGCUAUAAACCUUGUCUAAGUAUAUAGUAGGAAUUCGUACAUUAUAGAAUUAUGGUCAUUGGUAGGUACUGGAAAGCUUUCCGAAAGUUUUCAUGAGACGUAAUGGACUAUCAGUUAUGCUUUACAGAACUGAAUAGUUUAAAUGGCUUAAAGUAAUUAGAACCAGCAGCCCCUGUUUUACUAAUGUUGGUAUUUUGUAGGCAUCAUCUUAACUAAGAAAACUCCUAGAAAUUUACCAGUUUUCAAAAUCCACUAAUUAUCCUACUUUUUAUAGCCUUACAAUAAAUUAACAUUUUUAUAGU